AUGGAAUAUGAGCUCGCUAGAAACCUCACUCUAUUGUUCUUCGUGGAGCGCCUGCUCGAUAAAGGCGAGCCGAGAACGUUGCACGAUCUUUCCUGCCAGUUUGGUGCCAAGGGUUUCACUAAGGAGAUGCGUCAGAUCGCAGGCGGGUCGCAAUCGGGCCUUAAGAAGUUCUUGGCCCAAUAUCCGGCGUUGUUCAACAUAGACGGGGACUAUGUUGAUAUUAACACAUUUCAAAGGCACCCGAGCGGCGCUGGCGCCUCCUCCAACAACGAUUACAUCGAAGAAGCGAAGGAAUACUUCGCCAGCAAGAUGAUCCAAUACGGCGAAGGCACGGAGGUGCCGAUAAAAAGCCUCCUGGGGCAUCGAAGUCAAGCUUCCCCGCAGGUGCGCCACAUCUCCGGACAGCGCAUUAAAGAGUUCAAAGAUUUCCUCUUGAAGCAUCCGGACACCUUCCAGAUCAUCGAAGAUAACGUUGUUCUAGUCAGUGAGAAUCAUAGGCGUGAUAAUGCACAUGGCAAUUCGGAGCAGUUUCAUAAUUUGCCUGUUGCUAAUAUUAACACAGACACUGCUCAGCAAUUGUUAGAUUAUGUCGCACAGUGCAUUGAAGCUAAGGGUCCCGUUAUGGUGGACCAACUCUUUCACUUAAUAGUGUCACGCUUCCCACAGGAGUACUGGUAUCAAAUGUUUAAAACACCAGCUGAUUUAAGUGCUUUUUUGAAAAUAUUUUCUGAUAGCUUCCAUGUUCAAUCAAACCUUGUCACUUUAAUAAGUAAACCAAAAAUACCUGUUAUGUAUCUAAAUGCAAAAGCAAAAGUAAAGACUGAUCCACCAAAGCAAGUGAUAGAAGAGAAGCCGGUGUCCCCUGUACCCCCUGUGCCUGUGGCGAGUCCCACUCCUUCAGAUGGCAUGAAAAGUCCCGCAAACAGAAUACUUAGCCCUAUAGAAUCUCCCCGCAGUCCCCAUCCACAAGCCAACAUAGCCAACCAAACACUUAAACAAAGAAUUAAUUCGAUUGUAAUCAAAAAUUUAGCAGAAAACAUGGUAAGAGACAGAGUCAACAAUCAUUUAAAUGCCCGCUCUGCUGAAGAUACAAAUGGCAUGGCUAGCUUACGAAAUAAUAUGAUGGGUGAGGCUUGGCGGCAAAAAGUUUUACAAAGUGCAACAGUUAUAGCAAAUGUAAGGGAGUGUGCUACUUUAAUAGACAGCAUCAUGAAUACAAAGCGCACUUCAAAAAGCAUAGUUUCUUUUGAUUGCGAAGGCAUAAACUUGGGCCUAAAAGGAGUAUUAACUUUAUGUCAAAUUGCUACAAUGAAUGGUGAAGUGUAUAUUCUUGAUAUCCUGGCCUGUCCUGGGAUGGUAAUGGAAGGCAAAAUUAAGGAUCUAUUAGAAAGUGAAAAUGUAGUUAAAAUAAUUCAUGAUUGUAGAAAUGACUCGGUUAAUUUACACAAUCAGUUUGAAAUUACUCUAAAAAAUGUUUUUGAUACUCAAGCAGCUCAUGCUGUAUUACAAUUACAACAGCAGAAUGUACCGGUAUACAAAGUGAAGAAUCUUAGUCUGAAUGCACUCUGUGAAUUGUAUAAUGCUCCAAUGAAUCCUAUGAAAGAGCAAUUAAAGAAUGUUUAUAGAAGAGAUCAGCGUUAUUGGGCUCGCAGACCUCUCACAAAAGACAUGAUUAUUUAUUCAGCAUCAGAUGUUCUUUCUCUUGUGAAUCCAGCCAUAUAUGCUUAUAUGUCAAGCAAUAUAAAGCCUGAGAAUCAACAAUUAUUUGAAGAAUUGUCUAAUGAACAAGUCUUUAUGCACAUUCAACCAACUGAAGUGAAAUUGAGGAAACGACAAAGGAAAAUAAAUACAGAAGUUGGUGAAUUAAAACAAAAAUUAGCUGAAACUACAAAAAACAUUGUUUUAAGUAAUAGAGAAAUAAGGUUGCUCCGGUAUUUAGAGCUAACUGAGGAAGAAAAAGAAAAAUUAAAAGGCUGUCAUAAAAUAUCUAAGAAGUUAGAAAAGCUUGAGUCAAUGGGCCAAGAAAAAGACAGUGAUAGUGAAGAUGAUGAAAAAGAAAAUGAAAUGGCAAGCCUAGAAUCGAAUCCAUCAGACUCAAUAUCUUCUCCACACUCGACACAGCCACCGAGCCUCACAGAGUCUAUGCAAAUGAUGGAUGAGAUACUUUCAGAUACAAACAUGGACAAAGUAGAAAAAAUAAAUCGUUUAGAAGCCAUCCUCUCAGCAGUAGCCCCUCUAAGUGGAGAAUUAGAAGAUAAAUUCUCCCAAACAAUGGAACAAACAUUGCCAUUACUGAAAAACAAAGAUUGGUCAAACUUAAGCCAAAUUUUGAAUAUUGGGGAACCAGACAGGAAGAACUGUUGCUGCAAGUGUCAUAGCUCCGGUUACGACGACGUCAAAUGUAAUGCUCUCAACGAAACCAAGAAAGCAGAGGUCGGCUCCCAGACCCUGAGUACAGGGGACAUCGUCAUCACAAGGAUUCACUUUAGAGAAGAAGACAAGCUGAACGAGAGGAUUCUCGAUGCCUCUCCCCUCAGUAAGAGGGUCGGUAUCAACAUGUCU